UACUCGAAUUAUAACUACCUAUCUAUUUAUCAACUUUUUAGCCUACAACAUCGACUAUUUGCAUAAAUUUUACAUGUUAGAGCCUAACAAUAACAUCGCAGGCCAGAAUCAAACGGAAGAGCACGAGUUUAAGUUUGACCUCAUCAACACACCAUGGGGCCAACGAUCUACAAAGAGCAGAGUUUUUAUUGUCACUCUACUUGUAGUCAUUUUUGUUGCCAUCAUGGCCUGCGUAGUUAAUGGUCUGGUGAUGCACUACCGAGGGUUCAAUCAGUUCAACCAGGCCAGUAAGAACAUUAGACGAAGCUGCCAUCUGGUGAAAGCAGACGCGUACCCUUAUGUUGCGAGAAUACAGUCGAUAGCUACGCAAGAAGUGGUCUGUGUUGGAGCCGUGGUGGCUAAGAACUUGGUGCUUGCAAGCAAGUUCUGCUUGGCGCGAGGAGCUAUCCGCAUACUCGUUGGAAGUUUCAGCGACCCGUUAUGUCGAAAAGGUUUUUCUGUUGGCCUGACAGAAAGCAUUGAUAUCCAGAAAGACAAACUGGUCUUCCUCACGUCUUUCGAAGACAUGUCAGCGUGUGCGGUCGUGAUGCCUGUGGGCACAAAGCUGAACGUCGAGGCUCGGAGUUUUGUUAUAGGAAAACCUUUCCACGGUACAAAAUAUUUGACCCACCAUCCGGUGAAGGUAAUACCUGACAACAAGACCGGUACAAUACAAGAAGAAGAAUCGAUCAUUAGUGUCCAAGAAUUAACCAAAUGCCCAGUUCAGGCGAGUGACCUGCUGACCCAAGACGGCAGCUUGUACGGUAUAGCUCUCGAUCGUGACGAGAACACACCAAGCACGGGUAAUUACCCGUUUCUAAACUUAAAACAAGUCCUGGAAAUGCUGGAGAGUAAGGCUGAAACCGUCCAAUAAAAUACUUGCACAAG